AUGUGUACCAAAACUAAGAGCGACGGUGGUUCUGGAAAUAGCAUUGCCAGCACAAAGAAGGUUGCUAAGGGAGAGAAAGAGAAAGAGUGUCCGGGAAGUCCAGCUGUUGCUAAGAAAAUCAAAACAGGUGUCAUUACAAAGUCUGCUGAAAGUACAGGUCAACCGGAUAUCAACAGCUGUCCCAGACCUGUGGUGGCGAAUGAAUGUGACGGUGAGGAUGUCGUUGUCGGUGACAAGGCGGCUGCUAAUGGGAAGCAAAUUUGUUCUAAAGUUUCGACCACUGCCGCGUUCGUUAAUUUGGCAAAGGGCGAAUGUAGUAAUGGAAACGAUAUUGUUGAUACUGAAAAGAUUGCUACUGGGGACGCAGCACAUCCUAAAAAAUUAGGGUCUCGUAUGGAUGCGCAUAUACGUACUUUACCUCUCGCAGAUAGUUCUAAUUAUAGCUUUGGCUCAGAAAAGAAGGAUUUUUCUAGUCAGGCAAUGCGGGAAUUGACAGUGAAUCUUCAUAUGUUGACGAAAACAUUGGAAAGGUUAGUAAAGGAUGAGAGUACGAUUGACCGCGAAGUGGACCCCCAACAAACGAAUCAGUGCGAGAAGAAAGCUGCGGUCACAGCAAAGCAAAAGAGUCGCAAUGAUAAGCAAGGUGUACAGCAGAACAGCUUUAAAAUGAAGCAUGUACAGAGACAACCUGUCCAGUUACCCCUACGGCGCCAUACACGGCCGUGGUUUUACAGCCAAGUAUAUGUACAAGAUCGACCACAGCAAUCGCUGUACUCCACCCAGUCUGACCAGGGAUUAUAUCGAAAGACGCCAUAUGUACAGUAUUAUACACCCCCGGCACCCUUGGCGACACACCGGAUGAGUGAUCCAGCACCUAGACCUUCACAUACUCAGAUGUAUGCAGUCUCGGAGAAUUAUGCCAUGCCCCCCGCAUAUCUACCACAGCAGCACACACACAUACACGGUCCUCAUCAACUACCCUACGCGUACGUUCCAUCGGGAAGUAGUGCCCUGCCGUUUACGGGUAUGCACGCACAGCACCGGCAGCCAGAUGUGAACAUACCUGCAUACGGCCCACAAACAGCUAUGCAUCCUAGCCAGCUGCACACACAUGCCCCUGUGCACCGUCCGCAACAACAGACGGAGGGCACGGGCGUGUCUAAGGUUCCGGCUUCGUAUAGACCACAGACACUGACUAGUGCUGUGCAGAGUGUCCAUUUAAGAUGUACACGUGGGGACGUACACGCCGGGAAGCAUAUGCGGCGUCGCGUGGGUGACAUGGCUAGACAAAAUGCGCAGGUCAAUCCAGAUACUUCAACAAGCUCAGCGUGUGAGUGGAAUACGGGCGAGGCAGAUAGGACGGCCAAGAAUGACGGGGUAGUGACAGUGGUGCCAAGAAUAGGAGUACAGUCGGCUGCACCGGCGCAUCUCGAAGGACACACCCACUCAAAGGCGUUCCUCGAGGCGCAGGCCCAGAGGUUAGUGCAUACCCACAGCCGAGCACAGACACAUGCACACGCCCACGGGUACAACCACAUGCAGGAACCCAACAUAUACGUGCAGUUCCAUGGAGGCUCGACUGUCGUCUCGCAUCUGCGCCUGCCUGUGGAUAGCUUGUCCUACAAAUACAACCCCGAAGCACCCAAGUCUAGCCCGAUGGACUUGGAUCGGGGACUAAAGAAUGACAACAGCGACGCGUCCGACUUGACAUCGCAGGGAUCCGAUCCUUUUGUGCAGGGUUAUAUGGCACGGCGAGGACUCAAGGUAUGA